AUAUAUAAACACCUAAUUUUGGAAACUCUCCCUGUGUGAAGUAAGUAGCAGAAGCAGAGAGAAAGGUUCAAAUUUGAGGGAUCAUGGCUUCCUCUUCUUCUGCGCCGGAAGGUGAAGGUGAAGGUAGAGGUAGAGGUUUAGGGUUAUCGGAAGAAGAAUACGACCUUAUCUAUGGCUCUGAAUCCGGAUGGGUGGAGGCUCGAUCUUCUUGCGAUCAUCUCUCCUCCUUAUCCGCCGAUCUCAGCCACAUUCCGCCUCCGGACACACCCUGCCACACCUGUCAACACCCCUCCGAAAACUGGCUCUGCCUCUCCUGCAAGGAAGUCCUCUGUGGCCGUUUCGUGAACAAGCACAUGCUCCACCACUUCCACCACACCAAUCACUCUCUCGCCCUCAGUUUCAGUGAUCUCUCCUUCUGGUGUUUCUCCUGCGACGCUUACUUGGAUGCCCAACUCAUCCCCCAACUGCGCCCUAUUCAUCAACUAGCUUAUGUAAUGAAAUUCGGUGAGUCUCCACCACUCCCACUUAUUCAACAACAUCAACCUUCCUCUGCCCGUUAACUUAUAUCACUGCUGUUGCUGUUGGAUAGUAUGUAUAUUUUCUUUGCCCUCAAUUUUCAUCUGCACUCUCUAUCUAGUUUCGUUUUGCCAAUACAGUAUGUGGUAAUUAAGGGAUUUGAAAUUCCGGCUAAACAAUUGUAAGAUUUUACUUCAUCAAUCCCAUGCUUCCUCUUGAGUUUUACUUCA